CCGGCCGCCGCCGAGCAGGCAGCAGCCGCGUCAGGGCCGUCCGGGGGCCAAGCCGGCGAUGCCCGCAGCCCCCUCGGCGCCCCGCGGGACCCGCUGACUUGCCCCCGGGCCAGGGUCACACCGGGCCGGGCCGGGCCGCGCACCGCGGCGCUGCCUGCAUGACCCUCCGGCGGCGCGGGGAGAAGGCGACCAUCAGCAUCCAGGAGCAUAUGGCCAUCGACGUGUGUCCCGGGCCCAUCCGGCCUAUCAAGCAGAUCUCCGAUUACUUCCCCCGCUUCCCGCGGGGCCUCCCCCCAACCGCCGCGCCCCGCGCCCUCGCGCCCCCGGACGCCCCCGCGCGCUCGCCCGCAGCCAGCGCCGGCCCCCGCAGCCCCUCCGACGGCGCCCGCGACGACGACGAAGAUGUGGACCAGCUCUUCGGAGCCUACGGUGCCAGCCCAGGCCCGAGCCCCGGCCCCAGCCCCGCGAGGCCGCCCGCCAAGCCCCCCGAGGAGGAGCCGGACGCCGACGGCUACGAGUCAGACGACUGCACUGCCCUGGGUACGCUGGACUUCAGUCUGCUCUAUGACCAGGAGAACAACGCACUGCAUUGCACCAUCAGCAAGGCCAAGGGCCUGAAGCCGAUGGACCACAAUGGACUGGCUGAUCCCUACGUCAAACUUCACUUGCUGCCUGGAGCCAGCAAGGCAAAUAAGCUCAGAACAAAAACUCUGCGGAACACCCUGAACCCCUCAUGGAACGAGACCCUCACUUAUUAUGGCAUCACGGAUGAGGACAUGAUCCGAAAGACCCUGAGGAUCUCCGUGUGUGAUGAGGACAAAUUCCGCCACAAUGAGUUCAUUGGAGAGACUCGAGUGCCCUUGAAGAAGCUGAAGCCCAACCACACCAAGACCUUCAGCAUCUGCCUGGAGAAGCAGCUGCCGGUGGACAAAGCAGAGGACAAGUCCCUAGAAGAGCGUGGCCGCAUCCUAAUCUCCCUCAAAUACAGCUCACAGAAGCAGGGCCUGCUUGUGGGCAUCGUGCGCUGUGCACACCUGGCUGCCAUGGAUGCUAAUGGCUACUCGGACCCCUAUGUGAAAACAUACCUGAAGCCAGAUGUAGACAAGAAAUCCAAACAUAAGACCGCAGUGAAGAAGAAAACACUAAACCCAGAAUUCAAUGAGGAGUUCUGUUACGAGAUCAAGCAUGGAGACCUGGCCAAAAAGACACUGGAGGUCACUGUCUGGGAUUACGACAUUGGAAAAUCCAAUGAUUUCAUCGGUGGAGUGGUUCUGGGCAUCAAUGCCAAGGGUGAGCGCCUGAAGCACUGGUUUGACUGCCUGAAGAACAAGGACAAGAGGAUUGAGCGUUGGCAUACACUCACCAAUGAGCUCCCAGGGGCUGUACUCAGCGACUGACUGUCCCAUCUGCUGCCACCCACCCUUGCCACCCGGCCCACACAGGUCCAACCCUGGGUUUUCUCAGCUGCCACCAAGGGCUGUGGCCCUCACAAUGGGCAAGAUCCAGGUUGUCUGCUCGGACAUAGCCACUGCAGCCCCUACUAGGAGGCUAAGAGGCCAAGAGCACCCAACCUCCCUCAGAGGGACAGGAAAACACAACAGGAAACCUGUUUCAGCUCCCCUGGCACCCAGGAGGGCCAGAGCUGGGAGGAAUCCUCAGUCUCAGCUUUGUCCAAAGGAAGGGCUAUCUACAGCGAGGACCUAUUGGAGGUGAGGGGUGGAGCCCUGCUGCAAUCACAGAAAUGGGGGAUACUCUGGCUGCCUGGAGACAGAGGGAGGACUAUGGGCAGACAGAGCCCAGGACUCCAGGACAGUGUAGCCAGCCAGAGCUUCCAACUUGCUAGUGCCUAGCAUUGAUGGACAAAUAAGAGUCCGUGAGCCUCUGGGGCGGGGUUUCCCAGUCUAGCAAGGCAUCUGUGUGCACAUAUUGCUACAAAGGGGUGAGGCACACCAGGACCAGCCAGUUGUCUGCAGGGGCUGUGGGGACUGCUGACUGCUGAAGGGUGGAGGGUAAGGGAGUCAUCCUAGGAGAGUCAUGGCUCAGCAGUCUUGAAAAGCCGACUGUGGCUUGAAAGCUAGGAGAAAACCAUAUACAGACCAAAGGAGACCUGAAAGAGGGUACCAGGGGACAGGGAGCCAUGAGGGCCUAGGGUUGCACUGGGGCAGCAGUUGGGUUUUUAGGCAGGAGGUGGGCUUGGGGAUGUGUACAAGCACUGGGGAAAAGGAAUGUUCAAACCCAAGCUCUCCGAUUUGAUCUUGCUUCCAAGGGGCCUCGAUGCACACUGCCCCCCUGCUCUCAGCAUAAAUAUCCAGUCGGCUUCAGGGAAGAGAAAGGGAUCUUACUAACAUGGAAAGAGGCAAGCAUCCCUCCUGCCCACCCAACUCUCCCUUCCUCAUCCCCUCAGCUCAAGUUGGUGUUAGGUCUCUCACCGCUACCUGUGGCAUCCUGGCCCUAUCAGGACGGCUGGUUGCCUUCAGGACUAGCAGUGGAAAAUAAGAGAGCCUUGUUUGGGGGAAGGCUGGUGAUAGGGGUUCUGCCUCAGGAGCUGAGAGCUCUGGCCUCACUUUCUAGGAAAGGAUAGGACACUUGUCAGUCUUGAAGCUCCAACUGCCGUCAGUCUUGAAGCUCCAACUGCCUCCUGCCAACUGGGGCUUCAGGAAUACAGGAGAAGCAGGGAACCAAGGAGUUCUACCAUCAUCUCAGAGCCCCAUUAAGACAUAGUGGUCCUGCCCUAAGACUGGAACCCUCCUACAACUGAAAUAAGGACUCAGCCCCAGGGCAUGAUUCCAAUCCAAAUGCUUGCCAGCCUUCCCUAGUUGGCAGGGAAAAUGGGUCUCUAGCCCUCCACAGCACUGAGCCACCUGUUGCUAGUAGAGACUGGAUUUCCCCCUUGAAAAGGCGUUGCCCCUGUUACUGAAUUGGCCUGUGCUUUCUUAUUGACUCUUCACCAUCCUGUGUGGUGGGAGACGUAGUCAAUCCAUUUUAUAGAUGAAAUGGUCCCAGAGUUAGUUGAUAAACUUCCAGGGCCACCAAGGUGCAAAGGGCUGAAGCAAAACUCCAAGCCCUUUGACUGAGGAUGAGGACUCCCAGGUCCUUCCCCCCUGAGUUAUUGGAGCUUGGUGAGGUCUGAGAAGUCUUGUUAUUGUCCGCCACCUCACCCUCUAGCUGGCUUUGAAAUCUUCUGUGCCAUUUAGGAUUUGCCAAAAGGCCACAGCCAAGCCCUAGAACUCAGCUGCCCCACCCCCAGCCUGAGGUCAAAGGACUUGGGGGACAGGCCUGAUGUUUUCCCCAUACAGCUAGAAGCGGGAGCAGUGUUUUAGUGCACCUGGUUGAGCUUUGAGUAACUCGGAUUUUGCCUUUUGGGGUGCUUCGUUCAGACAGGAGCUUGGAAACCUCUUGAAGAUACAGAAACAUUUUUUAGACACGAGGUGACUGAGGCUCAGCAAAAGAACGGGGCUCAGGUGGACAAGAAACCUGCGUCCCUCUGUUGCCCCAGGCAGUAAGUGGGCUUGGGUCUCAGUGAUGAUCCUUGCCAACCGCAGGCACAGGCAGGGUGAGAAGCAGGGCUUCUAGCCACCUCACGUGUAAGGUAAGCCCACUAAAAAGUGAUGGAACUUUCCCGGGAUCCUGGAACGUUAGUAAAUCUCUAGUACAUUGCAUCUCUGCUAAAGCGAAAAACCCCUUUGAGAGUUGCAAAUCAGUUCAGCCUUUCAUCCCAAACGAGUAUCUUUCUUCUGGCCCAUCAGCGUUGCAAAGAGGAAAUUUGAUACCAAAAACAAAGGUCAUUCCAAAGUACUGUCAGUAACCAGGACAUCUAUCUCUUGAUGUCCAUCACCCACCUCGCGUCCUGGUCUCCGCCCCGCCCACCGUCACCGUUAGCCAAUCCCCGAACGGGCCCGUCUUCCAACCCGGAGGCGGUGACCUCCUGACCUCUAGUGGUAAAAACGAGGAGCUGCACUUCCGUGGCCCGCCCGCCCGCCCGCCGAGCUCGGGCCAAGCAUGUCCUGCCCUUCUCCAGCCAAAUGAACCUCCCGAUGCAUGGACUCUGGCUGUCGUCGACACGGACUCGUGCACUGCUUACAGUUUUGCUGCCACGUGACGGCUGUAGAAUACAUCCUCAAACUGCAGCGCCACGACACAAUUUUUGUAAUCUUGUCUGACCUUCCCGAAGGUGUCCUUUUUAAGUCUUAUUUGUUAACAUUUAUAACGAUAUAUAACUCAAAGUAAAUGAAAACGUCGUACUGAGGUCACACUAGUUUGGAAGACUCCUUGGAAGAUCUAGAGGGAACAAGCGAAAGGCAACUGGAGCUUACAUGUGGUGUUUAUUUUUGUUUUUUGAAAUGCACUUGUAAACCAGUCUAGCAUCUAA